AUGGUUUGCCAACGAAUUGAAUACUUUAACAACAACGGCGGUGAAGAAUUGAAUGAUCGGCGAAAAAGAGUAACUAUUGUUGGUGGCGGAAAUUGGGGAUCCGCAAUUGCUUGUGUUGUUGGAAAAACUGUCAAAAGACAACCUGAAAUUUUCUAUCCUUAUGUUAAUAUGUGGUGCAGAGAUUCGAGAGUGAGUUGAAAGAAGAUCUAGAAAAAAAUAUCUAAUUUUGAUAAUUUUUAGAAACCUGGAGAUUCUAGUGAAUCAAUCGCUGAGGUUAUCAAUCGAACUCAUGAAAAUGCAAAAUAUUUACCUGGCCGAAGAAUUCCGGAAAAUGUGAUUGCGACUUCAAAUCUCUUGGAUGCUUGUGAAGAAGCUCACAUUCUUAUUCUUGUUGUUCCACAUCAGGGAAUCGAACAAAUUUGUAAAGAACUUAAUGGUAAACUUUUACCAGAUGCUCAAGCUGUUUCACUCACCAAAGGAAUCUCAUCAGAUGGGAAGAAAUUGAAACUUAUCUCGCAAGAUAUUGAAGAUGCGCUUGGUGUCAAAUGCAGUGUUUUGAUGGGUGCAAAUUUGGCGGGAGAAGUUGCGGAUGAGAAAUUUUGUGAGGCUACAAUUGGAUGUAAAUCGAUCGAGGAGCAAGGAAAUAUUUUGAAACAAUUGUUUGAUACUCCAAACUUCCGAAUCAGAGUCACUACUGAUUACGAAGCUGUUGAACUUUGUGGAGCACUCAAAAAUAUUGUUGCUUGCGCGGCUGGAUUUGUUGAUGGUCUUGGAUGGGCAUACAAUAUGAAAUCAGCAAUGAUUCGAUUGGGACUCUUAGAAACUAAGGAGUUUGUAAAAUAUUUUUACCCUAACUCAAAAUGUAGAUCAUAUUUCGAAUCUUGUGGAGUCGCCGAUCUUAUCACAACAUGCUUUGGCGGUAGAAAUCGCAAAGUUGCCGAAGCUUUCAUCAAAUCCGACAAGCCUUUGGCUCAAAUUGAGCGAGAACUUUUGAAUGGUCAAAGUGCUCAAGGUCCACCAACAGCUGAUGAUGUUUUCGAGAUGAUGGAAUUAUUCGGAAUUUCCGAAAAAUUCCCAAUUUUCACUGCUGUUCACAAAGUUUUCCAUGGUAAAAUGGGCCAAGAUGGAUUAUACGAUGCAAUGAGAACCCAUCCAGCAUACGACAAUUAA